GAAAAGAGUUCCAAGUGUUAGGGAAAAUAACAUUCUCUCUCUGUCUCUACUUUUGUUUGUUUUGUCAUGGAGUAUCAUCUGGUGCUGUAUUUGUUGACUCUUUUGGCUUGUGGGCUACUUCAUUUUCAGGCUCAUGGAAGCUUAGCUUGCUUGGAAGAAGAGAGAGUGGGGCUCUUGAAAUUGAAAGAAGCCUUCCAUCACCCAAAUGCGUCUGCUUCUCUUCCUUCAUGGCGGGUUGAAGAGAUAGACUGUUGCAGGUGGGAAAGGGUCACGUGCGAUAGCAUGACAAAGCGAGUGAUAGGACUCUCUCUCAGUGAUGCAAGACAACUGGGGUUCCUCAACCCCUCCUCCUUCCUCAACGCCUCCUUCUUCCUCAACGCCUCUUUGUUCCUUCCCUUUCAGAAACUACAAAAUUUAAGCUUGGACAGGAGCCAUCUUAAAGGUUUCUAUGGAGAACUUAGAUUGAGCAAGCUACAAGUUUUGGAUUUGAGUUGGAACAUGUUCACAGAAAUCCCAUCAUUGGGUGCACUACAGUCCUUAAAGAUUCUCAAUCUUAAAGAAAACUAUUUGGAGAGUUUUUCCCAUUUUGAAGCAGAAUUAACUACUUUGAACAAGCUGGAGACGUUGAAUCUUGAUGGUAAUAAUUUGAUUGGUGAGAUUCCCCCAUCCAUUGGUGCUAUGGCUUCUCUAAAGGUCUUAUCAUUCAAAUACAAUCAACUGAAUGGCUCCUUACCCAUGGAAGGUUUCUAUGGAGAACUUAGAUUGACCAAGCUACAAGUUUUGGAUUUGGGUUUCAACAACUUCACAGAAAUCCCAUCAUUGGGUGCACUACAGUCCUUAAAGAUUCUCAAUCUUGAAUUCAACUUUUUGGAGAGUUUUUCCCAUUUUGAAGGUGCAUUCCAAUUCUAUUCUAUUGCAUUGUUCUGCUUAUUUGCUUGUGAUGUUACCUUGAUGCAAAACCUCACUCUUUCGCACUACUUUGAGCAACCUGGAGACGUUGAAUCUUGA